CAGCAGCGGGAAAAACGGCGCAGCCGCGUUCUGAGGGAAGGGCGAGACGGCUUAUAACGUAGCCAGAAUUCCUCCGCCAUUCAGCCAGACAGUCGACUGAGUUGGGAAGUUCAGGAUCGGGCAGAUAGCAGAGCUGUAGCCUGUCGUCAGCUUCUCCCUUUUUCUCUUUAGCAGCAGCUUUCCGUCAGACUCCACACAAAGCAGCGACAACAUGCGUGAGAUAGUGCACCUGCAGGCCGGUCAGUGCGGGAAUCAGAUUGGAGCAAAGUUCUGGGAAGUGAUCAGUGAUGAGCACGGCAUUGACCCAACAGGGACCUACCAUGGAGACAGUGACCUGCAGCUGGACAGAAUCAACGUAUACUAUAAUGAGGCUUCAGGUGGGAAGUAUGUACCUAGGGCCAUCUUAGUGGAUCUGGAGCCAGGCACUAUGGACUCUGUCCGCUCCGGCCCCUUUGGACAGAUCUUCAGACCUGACAACUUUGUCUUUGGCCAGAGUGGAGCAGGUAACAACUGGGCCAAGGGCCACUACACAGAAGGAGCCGAGCUGGUGGACUCUGUCCUGGAUGUGGUGAGGAAAGAGGCUGAGAGCUGUGACUGCCUCCAGGGAUUCCAGCUGACCCACUCCCUGGGUGGCGGCACCGGUUCUGGUAUGGGAACCCUGCUCAUCAGCAAAAUACGUGAGGAGUACCCUGAUCGUAUCAUGAACACAUUCAGUGUGGUGCCCUCUCCUAAGGUGUCAGACACAGUGGUGGAGCCAUACAACGCCACCCUGUCUGUCCACCAGCUGGUUGAGAACACAGACGAGACUUACUGCAUUGACAACGAGGCCCUGUAUGACAUCUGCUUCCGCACCCUCAAACUCACCACACCCACUUAUGGAGACCUCAACCACCUGGUCUCCGCCACCAUGAGCGGGGUGACAACUUGCCUGCGUUUCCCAGGCCAGCUCAAUGCAGAUCUCCGCAAACUUGCCGUCAACAUGGUUCCCUUCCCUCGUCUGCACUUCUUCAUGCCUGGUUUUGCGCCACUCACCAGCAGGGGCAGUCAGCAGUACAGGGCCCUCUCUGUGCCUGAACUCACUCAGCAGAUGUUUGAUGCCAAGAACAUGAUGGCUGCCUGUGACCCACGCCAUGGCCGCUACCUGACUGUGGCUGCUGUGUUCCGUGGGCGCAUGUCCAUGAAGGAGGUGGAUGAGCAGAUGCUAAAUGUGCAGAACAAGAACAGCAGCUACUUUGUGGAGUGGAUCCCUAACAAUGUGAAGACGGCUGUGUGCGACAUUCCACCUCGUGGGCUCAAGAUGGCUGCCACUUUCAUCGGCAACAGCACGGCCAUCCAGGAGCUGUUCAAGCGCAUCUCUGAGCAGUUCACUGCCAUGUUCCGCCGAAAGGCCUUCCUCCACUGGUAUACCGGUGAGGGCAUGGAUGAGAUGGAGUUCACCGAGGCAGAGAGCAACAUGAACGACUUGGUGUCUGAGUACCAGCAGUAUCAGGAUGCCACAGCUGAGGAGGGAGAGUUUGAGGAGGAGGGAGAGGAGGAGGUGGCCUAAGGCUAAAAUCACUCAUUGUUUCUCCAUCCAACCUUCCAUCCAGCCAGUUCCUACUCUGUUGUGCCGUGACUUUUUUUUUUUUUUUUUUUUUUUUUUUUAAAUACAGUACUUCUCUUCCCCUGUUCCUUGUACAGUGUAUUUCCCCUGUUUCAUUUUCCCUCUUUCUUCCAUUGACAGCUUCUCAUUUUCUUCCACCCAGACUAGGAUUCACAACACUGACUCUCCCAUCACAGUGUUCAUGUAGCGGUAGCUAACACAGGUGUUCUUGUGAUGUUUUGUCAGUAGCUUCUUUUAAAUGUUCAUUUGUUUGUUUCUUCAGUCUAACAGUUCUAUACCAUACCUGGACCAAGUAUUCAAUAAGGCUGGUCAACUGUUGCAACUGUGUUCACUUAUCUAAUUUGGCAUUGAAAUAAAGUUGCUGGACAAGAA